AAUGCACAUUUGCCAAGAAGAGAAAAUGGCAUCAAGAACAGGAAGAAACAAGUGACUGGCAACGACGAAUGGAUGGAUUUGAUGGAUUUGUUCAAGACAUAACAGACAAGAGAAGGCGAAAGUCUUUUCAGACACUCAGUAUAUCUUCACAUGGGAAUCUGGCAAAAGAAAAGGACAUCGAAGCAUUGAGUGAUUUGGAAGAUCUAGAAGUGAUGGAAGGGAAAAUAGAUUGGGCAUCAAGUGAUGACAGCCGUGAUUGUUCACCAACUUUUUCAUUUCAAACUCCAAACAAGCAGCCUCAUAAGCAACCAAAGGAAUUUGUCAAAACGGACUUCCAGCUUACAUCAACUCAGGGCAGCAUAUCCAGCUGGAGCUCUUUGUCAGGAGCACAGUCUUUAAACCUGAAUGAGAAUGAGAUUCAGGAGCCACUUGUAAUGGAUGAAGACCCUGAUAUAUCCGAUAUAGAAGAAAAUCACACCAGCCUAUCACAGCAGCAGGAAAGUGAAUCUGUUGACAUCAGCAGUGGUACCUCAAUUCUCUCCACACAGACGUCUGAUCGUGGUCCAGAGGGAGCAGGGAUGAGGGGCAGUGAGUGGGCCAAGACCCUCAAAACACCCCAGAAGUCCAGUCAAGGGUCACCUGCCCAAGAGGUCAUUCCUGAGGACUCGGCGAAAAAGAAACAGAAAUUUACCAAAGGUGGCCUUGCACAGCAGUUGUGUACUCUACAGUCCAGAGAGAAAACAGCAAUAAGAUUCUGGCAGCACCAGCUAGCAGCUGGGCAAAUACAAGAUAUUUCCAAAUGUGCCAAUUUCUUUGUGAAAAGUAUGUCCAAGGAGUGCUCUUUGUAUCUGGCUGAGUGCCAAACCUGUAAGGAGGAAGAGGAAGAGGAGGAGGAGGUUCUUGUCCUCCUGUCUAUUCCAAUUGUUCAGAGACUGAGCAUUCAACCGAAGACCUUCAUCAGGCUCCAUCCUCCAUGGCAAAAAAUGCAGAUACUGCAUAACGGUACCCGAAAGGAUGCCUUGCUCUGUACUAAUCGUUGUCAAAGAUUAAAUUAUGAUGAGGUCAAAGGUCAGGUGUCAAACAUUGGUGAAGUCAAAAGAGGUCAGAGGUCAAAUAUUGGCCUUGAUGUUCAAGGUGGAAAGAGCUGUUCAUCUGUGGAGUCUAGUACUCUGGCCAGAGACAGAUUGAAAGACGAGAAAUGUGUGACAUUUGGUGAUAUUAAUCAACUUACUAAUUGCACAAGUGACAGUUUGUCAGCCCACCAUGUGACACUUAAAUAUUUCGACAGGACUGAAAAAGAAAAGAAUGUACCAGUUGCAGAUUGGGUGUGUCCUUGUAUUUCAGAACUAAAGAAUGCAUGCCACAACAAUUGUCAUGUAUGACCAAAAAUAUGACUUUCACAUUGUUAUCCUGAUGUUGAUAAACAUUUUAAAAUUUCUAUUGUAUUUGUUAAAAGUUUGUAUUGAAAAUUUGUUUUAAUGAAAAUAAGAUUCAUUAUCAAACCUUUACA